AUGGCAAAAAAAGAGAAAGCCUUUGGCUCCGCAGAGGGCUCAGCCCGGAAGAAAAAGAGCGAGAGCCCCAGCCCAUACCAGGCCAUAGACUGGGCCGGGGUCGUGGCGGGGAAAACCACGGUGUGCGCGCACAGGGGAAAAAUUCAAGCGAAUGCGAAAGCGCUUAUAGAAGAGCUGGGGAAGAGCGUGGGCCAAGGCGUUCCAGAGGAUCUAAGCCUGCUCCUGGCGCCGCUGCUCUCGGGGUAUUUAGAGCACAGCGCACAGCCAAGCGCGCAUGUGCCAGCUGAGGGCGCGCAUGGAGAAAGAGGGCACUGCAGAAAAAAGCACAAGGCAGAUGCGCUAAGAUCAAAUAUAAAAAAGAAAUAUAUAAGGAGAGCGUUUGAAGCUGCCUCUGCCAAAAUCAUGGAAGAAAUGCAGCUUGGCCAGAGAGAAGAGUGUGCAGCAGGGGAGCCCGUGGCGAUCCCAAUUGUGCUUUCGUCUCUGUCUGAGGUGCCCCGCAUAAGAAAAGAGUACAUAGAGGAGGCGCCAAUGAAGCUGCGCUCCAGAAUAUACAGAGAGGGAAUCAGCAAAAAAGUAGGGCGAAAUGCAGGCGGGCCAAAUAGAUAG